AUGGGCGGCCCCGCACUAAAUCCAGAAGCGCCGCUGACGGUCGGUGCUAUGGGAAGUAGAGGCACUGGCUUAGCCUGGCUGUCUAAUUCCGGUAUUGUCAAGCUGAACUUGAUGCUGGUCUUGUUCCAGGUCUCGAGUUAUGCGACGGGUUAUGAUGGGUCUAUGAUGAAUGGACUGCAGUCCCUUACUACAUGGAAAAAUUCUUUUAAUAAUCCUGGAGCUUCAGAGCUUGGUCUUCUCAAUGCGAUACAAAAUGUCGGACAGCUUAUCACAAUGCCCGUUUGCGCCAUUAGUUGCGACAAGUUUGGUCGUCGCCCGGUACUUUUCGUCGGUGCUUUUAUUCUCCUCAUUGGCGUUGCUCUCCAAGCUGCAGCGCAGAAUGUCGGCAUGUUCAUCGCUGCCCGAGGAAUCAUCGGCAUGGGGCUCGUCCUCAAUAUCACGGCCGCGCCUUUACUUCUGCUAGAGCUGGCUUUCCCCGGACAGCAAGGUCCACAGGUAGCCAUUUACAACAGUCUGUGGAAUCUGGGUGCCUUGGUCGCCGCCUGGAUCACAUAUGGCACGUUUCGAAUUGAGAAUACUUGGGCAUGGCGUAUCCCCUCGCUGCUUCAAGGUCUUUCUAGCGUGAUCCAACUGGGUCUCUGCUUUUUGAUUGAGGAGUCCCCACGAUGGCUACUUAGUCAAGAGCGAGACGAGGAAGCAAGAAAACUGAUUUGCAAGUAUCAUGCCAAUGGCGAUGAUUCUGACCCGUUGGUUACCAUGGAGAUGGAAGAGAUUCGCACUGCGCUCCAGCUUGAAAUGGAAGCGAGGCGAAACACCUCUUACCUUACCUUCUUUGAGAAUAAGGGCAAUCUCAGACGGUUUUUCAUCAUCAUUUCGGUUGGAUUCUUCUCACAAUGGAGUGGGAAUGGUUUGAUAUCUUAUUAUUUGACGUUGAUUCUUGACUCUAUCGGCUAUACGGCGGAGAGCACGCAGACUCUGAUUAAUGCUCUACUUACUCUGUGGGGUAUGAUCUGGAGUCUUCUCUUUGCUUUUGUUAUGAAUCACUUUGGGCGACGCACGCUCUUUCUCAUUUCAACUGCUGGUUGUCUGGUCGUUUACGUCGUUUGGACAGCCCUCGAGGCCACCUACGAGAUGAGAACAGCCCUGGAUGGAACAGGAGGUGACGGCUAUGCAAAGGGAGUAUUGGCUAUGAUAUUCCUUUACAGCUUCUUCUUCUCCAUCGGCUGGACCCCUCUUCAGGUGACAUAUUGCAUCGAGAUCUUGCCAUUCGAUCUUCGAGCCCGUGGUCUGGUACUUUACAACCUCUGCGUGGCAAUUGCCGGUAUCUUCAACCAAUAUGUCAACCCAAUCGGUGUCACCAACAGCAAGUGGAAAUACUACAUCACUUAUGACGUCUGGCUGGCAGUUGAGCUUGUGGUGGUUUACUUCCUCUUUGUGGAAACUGGCAAUCUCAGUCUUGAAGAGACUGCCGUUAUCCUGGACGGCGAAGACUAUGAGAACAGGCUCAUUGGCACCACUGCAUCUAUGGCCGAGAAAAAGCUGGGUGCCGAAGGAAAUCCCAGUGUCACGGUUGAGACUAAGGAAACUUCGCAAAAGUAG